GAAGCGCACGCGAUGUGGCUCGUCAAGCGACAUACGAAUGUCCCCGCCCCAAUGCUGGUCGAUUAUAUCACCUGUGCAAUAGAAUCCCACGGUUUUUCAUAUAAUGCCGCAUAUACCCUUAUGACUGAGGUACCUGGGCGGCCGCUCAGUGAGGUUGCACACAGUCUAUCCGACGACGAGUUGGAGACAAUUGGACUGCAGCUACGAGGAUACGUCGAGGAACUCCGAGCCAUCCCGAACCCGUACCCGAAACAAGUCUGCAGUGCGUCUGGAGGAUCCAUUGACUGUCCUCGAUUUACAGACGCGUGGGAAAUUCCUGCGUAUGUGGAUGUACCUGCAUUUUACGCUUGGUUGCGGAUGAUGGUGGACAAAUACUGGGAGAUUUGCAUGAAAGCAAGGCUCGAGCCGAUAUUCGCGAAAUUCGACGGACCGACGGUCUUUACGCAUGGCGACAUUGCAGAUCGGAACAUUAUGAUCCAAGACGGCAAGAUAUCAGGAUUGAUUGACUGGGAGACGGCCGCUUGGAUGCCCGUGUACUGGGAAUACUACGCAUCCCUC